AUGAAACCUAUCAGCGAGACUGAACCACUUUACGAAUGCGUUUAUCUGGCCGGUCAUCCGGCUUUAACCACAUCCAAUUCAGACGACCCGCCCGGGUCUUUCCACUCUAAGGAUAUAUUUAUUCCUCAUCCUACGAUCCCGGGGCGAUGGAAGUUUUUGUUACGACUGGAUGACCGCAUUACCCUCGUUAAUGGCGAAAAAGUCUUGCCACUUUCCAUUGAAGGCUACGUCAAAGUGGGUAAAGGCACUCCGGGUCUUCUAAUCCUGCGCUCCGAGGAAGCUAGGGCCCAUUCUCUGUCGAAUGAAGACUACCUUAAUGCGAUCUGGCCGUCGAUUAAAGAGGCCAAUUGCUACGCAGAGGCUUUUGCUCAAAUCUCACGGGACAUAGUGGCGAUUCUGCCAUAG